AUGGGUUUCCUUUUUUCGACAGCCGCCAUUGUUUUGCUGAUGUUCGCGCGUCGAACCCGGGCGGAUACGUGUCCCGAUACGAGUCCACACGAGUACGUGAAUGUUGGCUAUGGAAUGGAUGCGCCGGCGGCCGAUGGGUACAAUCCGAUGAUAGGUGGCACUCCGCUUUGUUUCCUUUGGCCUGUUCCAACCACAACAAGUACGACGACAACGACGACAACAACCCCGUUCACUGGCUCAACCACCACUGGACCAACUACAACGACGGCAAGCACCACAACGUUCACCACUGUUUCGACGACAACUGGAUCCACCGUCAGCACUACGAGUUACACGGGCUCGUCGACAACUGCUUCCACUGUCUCCACGACUUCUUUCACUGGAUCGACGACAACGGGAACGACGGUCACCACCACUUCGUACACUGGCCCAUCAACGAGCACAGAUUCCACGACAACUGGAUCCUCUACAACGCCCUACACUGGCUCGAGCACUACUGCAUCCUCAACAACCCCCUACUCUGGAUCUUCAACAACUGAGGCCUCAACACUUCCCUACACCGGUCCAUCGACUACAGCCGGGCAAUCGACUCUCGCAUCGCUUGGAUCAAAGAUUGGUUGGCCGAUUUGGAUCGCCGGCGUGCUGAUUGCUUCGCUGGUCAUCAUGGCAAUUAUCUUCGGAGCGACAUGGGCGUUUAUUCGAGGCGGCUCAUCAACAAAUCCCACCACGAAUCCCUAUGCAAAUCAAGCACAUGGCUACAAAGCAGCUCACGCCGAUCUACCGCCACAACCCGUUCAACCGGCCAAUACUGGGGUUUCCACGAUGAACGUCGGCCCGACGUGGACCCAGCCGCACUCGAUGUAUUAU